GCUCGGCGCUCAUUGGCUGUCGGGGUUGAAUGUAAGAUGGCGCCCAGGGAGCUGUGAGGGGAAAAUCCUGUCGGUCUUGAAGCGGCGACUGUAGAGCAGGGGCCCGAGGCGGCACGGAGGGGCCCGUGGGCGGAGCGGCGGCGGCGGCACUCGGGAUCCUAAAGAUUUUGCAAUAUGAAUAAUUCUUUGGAAAACACCAUUUCCUUUGAAGAAUACAUUCGAGUAAAAGCACGUUCAAUCCCACAACACAGGAUGAAGGAGUUCCUGGACUCCUUAGCAUCCAAGGGACCUGAAGCACUUCAGGAGUUCCAGCAGACGGCUACUACUACUAUGGUGUACCAACAGGGUGGAAACUGCAUUUACACAGAUAGCACCGAAGUGGCUGGAUCUUUACUUGAACUUGCCUGUCCUGUAACCACCAGUGUGCAGCAGCAGACCCAGCAAGAACAACAGAUCCAGGUCCAGCAGCCACAGCAAGUUCAGGUCCAAGUCCAAGUGCAGCAGUCGCCUCAGCAAGUCUCAGCCCAGCAGCUUUCCCCUCAGCUUACUGUCCAUCAAGCCUCAGAGCAGCCUAUCCAGGUCCAGGUGCAGAUCCAAGGGCAGGCCCAGCAACAGGCAUCACAGGCAAUACAAAGUCAGACUCUGCAGAGCCCGAGUCCCUCUCAGCUUCAAGCUGCCCAGAUCCAGGUGCAGCAUGUGCAAACUGCCCAGCAGAUCCAGGCCACAGAGAUCCAGGAAGAGCACAUACAGCACCAGCAGAUCCAAGCCCAGCUAGUGGCGGGUCAAGCUAUUGCUGGAGGCCAGCAGAUACAGAUCCAGACAGUUGGUGCACUUUCCCCACCACCUUCCCAACAAGGUUCCCCUCGGGAAGGAGAGCGGCGGAUCAGCACUGCCAGUGUCCUUCAGCCUGUGAAGAAACGUAAAGUAGAUAUGCCUAUAACUGUGUCAUAUGCUAUUUCCGGGCAACCAGUUGCUACUGUGCUGGCCAUUCCACAGGGCCAGCAACAAAGUUAUGUGUCCUUGCGGCCAGACUUGUUAACGGUGGACAGUGCUCACCUGUAUAGUGCCACUGGGACCAUUACCAGCCCAACUGGAGAGACUUGGACCAUCCCUGUUUAUUCAGCUCAACCCCGGGGUGACCUUCAGCAGCAGAACAUUACCCACAUUGCUAUCCCUCAGGAGGCCUACAAUGCUGUCCAUGUCAGUGGCUCACCAACAGCCCUGACAACUGUAAAACUGGAGGAUGAUAAAGAUAAGAUGGUGGGCACCACAUCGGUGGUGAAAAACUCCCACGAGGAAGUUGUGCAGACCCUUGCAAACUCUCUCUUUCCAGCCCAGUUCAUGAAUGGCAACAUCCACAUUCCAGUGGCAGUGCAAGCUGUGACAGGAGCCUAUCAGAACGCAGCGCAGACUGUUCACAUUUGGGACCCUCAGCAGCAGCAGCAGACAACGCCAGAGCAAACGCAGCAGCAGCAGCAGCAGCAGCAGCAGCAGCUGCAAGUCACCUGUUCAGCUCAAACCGUCCAAGUUGCUGAAGUUGAGCCUCAAGCCCAGCCACAGCCUUCACCAGAACUCCUACUCCCCAAUUCUCUGAAGCCAGAAGAAGGUCUUGAAGUAUGGAAAAGUUGGGCCCAGACUAAGAAUGCUGAACUAGAGAAGGAUGCCCAGAACAGACUUGCACCCAUUGGCCGUCGCCAGUUACUGAGGUUCCAGGAAGAUCUUAUCUCCUCAGCUGUGGCAGAGUUGAAUUAUGGUCUGUGCUUAAUGACACGGGAGGCUCGAAAUGGAGAAGGUGAACCAUAUGAUCCAGAUGUGCUGUACUAUAUCUUCCUGUGUAUUCAGAAGUAUCUUUUUGAAAAUGGCCGAGUAGAUGACAUAUUUUCAGAUCUCUAUUAUGUUCGAUUCACGGAGUGGCUUCAUGAAGUUCUGAAGGACGUUCAACCUCGAGUUACAUCUCUUGGUUAUGUCCUGCCCAGCCGUGUGACAGAGGAGAUGCUGUGGGAGUGUAAGCAACUAGGGGCUCACUCCCCCUCCACACUCCUCACUACGCUCAUGUUUUUUAACACAAAGUACUUUCUGUUGAAAACAGUAGACCAGCACAUGAAACUGGCGUUUUCCAAAGUUUUACGACAGACAAAGAAGAACCCUUCAAAUCCCAAGGAUAAGAGCACAAGUAUCCGGUAUCUGAAGGCACUUGGCAUACACCAGACUGGCCAGAAAGUUACAGAUGAUAUGUAUGCCGAGCAGACUGAGAAUCCAGAGAAUCCACUGAGGUGUCCCAUAAAACUCUAUGAUUUCUACCUCUUCAAAUGUCCCCAGAGUGUGAAAGGCCGAAAUGACACAUUUUACCUAACACCCGAGCCAGUGGUGGCACCCAACAGCCCAAUCUGGUAUUCAGUCCAACCCAUCAACAGAGAGCAAAUGGAACAGAUGCUUACCCGGAUCCUGGUGAUACGAGAAAUUCAGGAAGCUAUUGCUGUGGCAAAUGCCAGUAACAUGCACUGAGCAUCUCCUUUCAACCAAGAUGGGGAGAAAUGAGGAAAAACUGUACAGACUUUCACACUAAAGAAGAGGCCUCAAUUUUUUUUCCUGUUUUUUUCUUUUUUUCUUUUUUUAUUGGUGUAGUUUAUGAAGCCCUUUUAGGCUGCUUCUGUUGAAAAGAAAAUAUAAAAAUAAAACCUACCCACCAUGCAUCGUCAUAAACGGUGACAGACUGUUGUGCCUGCCGGAGCAAUAUAUUUCUAAGAAAAUUGGACACCCUGGAAAGUUGCUGGCUAACUUUUUUUUUUCUUUUUGUUGGGGCCUGGGGAACGGUCCUGGACUGCAGAGGAGAAACUAUGACCCCUUCCUCACCUCCAGAGAGAACAGAAAUUAUGAUGGAUCUCCCUUCCUGCCCCAGGGAGCCUGCCAUGCUUGCCUUCCCCAGGGUCCUUGGCUGGCCCUGACUGUCUCUGGUGUAGCCAUGUUCUUUUUCUUUCUUUGUGCUCAGACAUUAACUUGGCAUCUUCAUGGAAGAAAAAUAAGGGGAGAGAACUUCAAUUAUGAUUUAUUAAAGACAAUUUCUAUUCAGCCCCGUUAAGACAAAUGACAUUUUAGAUGUUAAAGUAAAAACUUUACCAUGCUUUUUUUUUUUUUUUUUUUUUUUUUUUUUUUUGGGCCUAACAUUGAGGCCUUAAAACUUGAGGCACAUGUGCCUGAUGGAAUUCUUGUAACAUACACUUGUGUAUCAUAUAAAGAUACAACACUGUUUCUCUUAUGUAUUCUUACUCUAGUUGUUUAUUAAGAAUGACAAGCACGUCUUUUCAACA